AUGUCUACAUCUCCUAAUCGCAGUCCACCACAAACACGUGAAAAGCGAUACCUUAGUUUGCCAGCAUCAUCUAUGAAAAAGACUUCCACAUUGCCCACCGAACUAACGACGCUCUCUGAAGAUGAUGACGACGAAUCCGUUCUUGGUUCACAAAUAUCAAUAAAUAAAGAAACAGUUAGACCAUCAAGAUGGUCUCAGGUUCAACAAAUACUACCAGCUACUCGAUUAAUAUCACAACCUUACAAUUUAGACAUUGAGUCAGCAAAAAAGAUAUCUACUUUCCAUCUCGCUGUACAAAUGAAACAAGCACUGAAGCGAGCACAGGACGAAAUCAAAAUACUUGAACGGUCGAAUGAAAUAAUUACAAGUGAGAUUAAGCGUUUCCCGCUUGCCGUUAGUGACCAUAAGUUUCGAAUCUACGACACGAGUCAUGUAAAACCGAACGAUGCAGUGAUAUGCGAUCAAAUGAACGAUGAGGCAUUGAGUUUACAGAGUUUACUCUAUUAUUUUAGUCAAAAGAAAAUAUCGUUUGGAACAAUGUACUGGAAGUUUUUGAAUGAAAUCAUUCAAGUAUUGGAAGCAAAUAAACGGCGAGCGAGACGAACAGCAAGAUUAAAAGUACUCGCAACAACGUUAGUGUCAAUUCUGUACAGCACAAUUGGUCUGAUGUUUUUGAUCAUGAUUGUUGGUGUUGUAUCGACGUUUUUCAAAUUUAAAGACGAUAUGGCCAAGUUUAAGGGAUAG